CAAUCAAUUCUGACAUUCAAACAGGUAGAGAAAAAUGCGGAACACACUUCUGUGUGCUACGCUACGGUAUCGCAAUACAGUAUGGAAUCAAAAAAGACGACCACGGUACGUACGUACCGGAACUCGCAAACGAAGGAAGAUCGAACGAUGCACUAAGGAUGAAACGAACCAGCUGCUGUUCAGGUAUCGUACGAGAAAGAUUAUCCGUCACCUGAUCAAUAUCUCACGGGCACGGUGAAGAGCAAAAAUUAGAAACCAGAAAAAGGAGAGAGCACCCAAUGGCCGCCACUACCACGAGCAGUUCAAACACGAUAUCUGCCGGAACCGAUUCGACUCGGAACUUCCGAACGACAUCGUCCCUGCAGACCAAACGGCACACCGUUGCUUCUUUGACCCAGGCACAGGAAGGCUUUGCCGAUACGAACGAGGCGCGGUACUGGACACAGAAACUCGGCAUCGGACACUCUAAAAAGUACAGUGCACCCACAAACGACAAGAAAUACGCCCAUGUCCGCCAGCUCUACAUCCCACCCUUUCAGCGGAGGGAAGCGAUCGCCCACCAGGUCUUGUUCGGGCCGCUCCUGUCCUCGAAGCACCCACCCUUUGCGGUCGUGAGCGGUCCCCGUGUGCAUCUGUACGGAACCUCGACCACGGGGUCGGCAUUCGUUCGUGCACUGUACCAGAGUGCCCAUAGCGGAAGCGGCGAUGGGAAUGCCAUUGCCAUCCGCAGUGGCCAGGAUCUGGACCCCGACCGAUCGGUCCAAACGGGCGGAAAUCUCGCGCUGUCGGCGUCCUUUCGCAACGACGGGCGGCUCCUGGCCGUCGGUACCGAUGCCGGGGAGGCGCGGGUCUGCGACGUGACCAUGCGAGCUACGUUGACCACCUUUUCUGCGAAUUCCUUUCCGGUGCGCUCCCUGCUGUGGUUCCGGAACGGCCAGUACAUCCUUGCGGGUGGCGACGACGGUGUUGCGCGGAUAUGGAACCUGGGAUCGACUGAAAAGAAACGACCGAUGGUGUCGCUGGUGGGACACGGGGAUGUGAUCCGAUGUACGGACCUUUGGCAGAAUACGACAAAACAGACACAGCGCCAAAACCAAACAACGGAAUUCAGAGAACUGGCCGCAACAGGAAGCUACGACCACACCGUUCGGAUUUGGAAUGUUUCCAAUGUGGACAACAAAGAUGCGGACGAAAAGGAGGAAGGAAGGUGCCUUACUACUUUAAUGCACGGGUACCCCGUCGAGGCCGUGUGUUUUCUAAAAAGCUCCGACGAAUCAUCGGCUCCUGUCUGGCUGUUGUCGGCCGGUGGAACUAUCGUCAAGGUUUGGAAUCCUCUGAGUGGGCAGUGCCUGGGAACCUUUGGGACGCACCAUCGCAAGACGAUCACUAGUUUGUUGCUAGUUCUUCGCACCAAUUACGAAGAUGACGAAACGCGAACGAAAAAGGUUUCCAUGCGAAUCAUGACGGCGAGUUUGGACGGUGUCGUGCAGAUUCAUUCGUGGAACGAAAGCACCGGACAAAUGGGACAUCUGUACAGCACCAAACUAGCGGAAUCAAUCACGAGUGUAGCCACUGACAAAAGCGGGGAUCGCUUUGCCUUUGGAACCGUUUCUGGCCAUGUUUUGUUCAAAAUGAAAGGCCCCAGCGUAACAAACAAGAAACGCAAGGCCGUGCCGAGGGCGGGGACCUACAGCUUUUUCCAACGGGGAAUGAAUGCCGACGCGGGGACGUCCAGUAACGAMUACACGGUGGCUUCCAAGACGAAAAAACAACGAAAGCUCAACAAAUACAACCACGCCCUCAAGCAGUUCCGAUACUCCGAAGCGCUCGACGAGGUACUUUCUACGCGGAAUCCCAAAAACAUUGCGGGAGUUCUGGAAGAACUGGGCAAACGAAGGGGUCUCACACAUGCCCUGUCAAAUCGGGACGAAGAGACCCUCGAACCCCUCCUGCGAUACGUUACCCGGUACGUUAAAAGACCAGAAUACACCAGCUUGUUGGUGGGCGUGGUGCACAUUCUGAUCGAUAUCUAUGGCGACGUGGCUGGCGAAUCGGAAGACAUUGGCGGUCUCUUUCGAAAAUUGCGGCACCAAAUCGAACUGGAAUGCAAGGCACAAAAGAGCCUCAUGUUUCUGAUGGGGCAGAUCGAAGCCUCCAUGUAACGCAACAAACAAGGACAAUUAUUGCUACUACUUUAGUGAUUCAAUAGAAUGCAUCCCUAUUUUUUAACAAAUCAUUCAAUGUGCAGGACAUAAAAAUAUAUUCUAGAA